AUGUCGUUAUUCACAAGAUCUCUCCUUCGCGCCACCACCCGCCCAACCUUCUACCCCACCACCGCUACUACUUUCACAAAAACAACAGGAAUAACUUCAUUAUUCGCCCGUUACCUCUCCGAUUCGACUCGCGCCGCAAUCGAUAAUGCUGUCGCUACUUCCCCCGUGGUUUUAUUCAUGAAGGGUACCCCGGAGUUCCCACAAUGCGGCUUCUCACGUGCUAGCAUCCAGGUUUUGGGUUUACAAGGGGUUGAUCCGCAGAAAUUUACUGCGUUUAAUGUUUUGGAGGAUGAUGAGUUACGGCAGGGAAUCAAAGAAUACUCCUCGUGGCCGACAAUACCCCAAUUAUACGUCAACAAGGAAUUCGUAGGCGGAUGCGAUAUCCUCAUGUCCAUGCACUCCUCUGGAGAACUUUCUGAACUUUUUGAGAAAGCUGGUGUAUUAGCCCCCGGUGAUGAGGCCGAACCUACAACAUCAUCAUCGUCGUCUUCAGAGUCGGCGGAGAAGAAAGAUUCUACUAAGACGGAGUAG